AUUGAUUGCAUCGCGGGGCUCAGAUGACUGUAAAAUGAAUAGAUGAAAUUCUUGCUUCUCGAAGAUUUUCUUGGGCAUCUCCGGGAAAGUGCGUUUUAAGGCGAAGUCAUGAUGUAUUCUCCCAUCUGUCUCACUCAGGAUGAAUUUCACCCAUUCAUCGAGGCACUACUUCCACAUGUCCGUGCAAUCGCCUAUACUUGGUUCAACCUGCAGGCUCGGAAACGCAAGUACUUUAAAAAGCACGAGAAGCGAAUGUCAAAGGAUGAAGAAAGAGCAGUCAAAGAUGAGCUUCUCAGCGAAAAGCCUGAAAUCAAACAAAAGUGGGCAUCCAGGCUCCUGGCCAAACUGCGCAAAGAUAUCCGCCAGGAGUACCGAGAGGAUUUUGUGCUCACCGUGACUGGCAAGAAGCACCCGUGCUGUGUCUUAUCCAAUCCCGACCAGAAGGGUAAGAUUAGGAGAAUCGACUGCCUGCGACAGGCAGACAAAGUCUGGCGUCUGGAUCUAGUCAUGGUGAUCCUGUUCAAAGGCAUCCCUUUGGAAAGUACCGAUGGAGAGCGGCUCAUGAAAUCCCCACAUUGCACAAACCCAGCACUUUGCGUCCAGCCACAUCAUAUCACAGUAUCAGUUAAGGAGCUUGAUUUGUUUUUGGCAUACUACGUGCAGGAGCAAGAUUCUGGACAAUCAGGAAGUCCAAGCCACAAUGAUCCUGCCAAGAAUCCUCCAGGAUACCUUGAGGACAGUUUUGUAAAAUCUGGAGUCUUCAACGUUUCAGAACUUGUGAGGGUAUCCAGAACGCCCAUAACCCAGGGAACUGGAGUCAACUUUCCAAUUGGAGAAAUUCCAAGCCAGCCGUACUAUCAUGACAUGAACUCGGGGGUCAAUCUGCAGAGGUCGCUGUCUUCUCCACCAAGCAGCAAAAGACCCAAAACUAUAUCAAUAGAUGAAAAUAUGGAACCAAGUCCCACUGGAGACUUUUAUCCUUCUCCUAAUUCACCAGCUGCUGGAAGUCGAACAUGGCAUGAAAGAGAUCAAGACAUGUCUUCUCCCACUACGAUGAAGAAGCCCGAAAAGCCAUUGUUCAGCUCUACAUCUCCACAGGAUUCGUCCCCAAGACUGAGCACUUUCCCCCAGCACCACCAUCCCGGAAUACCUGGAGUUGCACACAGUGUCAUCUCAACUCGAACUCCACCUCCACCCUCACCGUUGCCAUUUCCAACACAAGCUAUUCUUCCUCCAGCCCCGUCGAGCUACUUUUCUCAUCCAACAAUUAGAUAUCCUCCCCACCUGAAUCCUCAGGAUACUCUGAAGAACUACGUACCUUCUUAUGAUCCAUCCAGUCCACAAACCAGCCAGCCUAACAGCAGUGGUCAAGUAGUAGGGAAAGUGCCUGGCCAUUUCACUCCUGUCUUGGCACCCUCUCCCCAUCCCAGUGCAGUGCGACCAGUGACCCUGAGCAUGACAGAUACUAAACCCAUCACUACAUCCACUGAAGGUGAGGCAGCUUCACCCACAACAACCACCUACACAGCCUCAGGCACAUCUCAAGCCAAUCGAUAUGUGGGACUAAGCCCAAGAGACCCAUCCUUCCUACAUCAGCAACAGCUGAGGAUUUGUGACUGGACCAUGAAUCAAAACGGCAGGCAUUUAUACCCCAGUACCAGUGAGGAUACAUUGGGAAUUACUUGGCAAAGUCCUGGUACCUGGGCUAGCUUGGUUCCUUUCCAAGUAUCAAAUAGGACACCCAUCCUACCGGCAAAUGUCCAAAAUUACGGUUUGAAUAUAAUUGGAGAACCUUUCCUUCAAGCAGAAACAAGCAACUGAGGGAAAAUGAAAUGCGACUAUAGCUGAAGAAAAAAAAAUAAAAGCAAAAGAGGAAGACUGGACAAAACAAAACACAAAAAGGGAGAAAGGAAAGAAAUUGAAGAAAGAAGAUAAUAGACCAGCAUUGCAGCACUUACAAUCACUAAUUCCCUUAAGGUUGAAACUGUUAUGACAUAAAAAGGGUCGAUGAUAUUUCACUGAUGGUAGAUCGCAGCCCCUGCAAAGUAGCCUUUGUUACAUGAAGUCCGCUGGGAAAUAGAUGUUCUGUCUCUAUGACAAUAUAUUUUAACUGACUUUCUAGAUGCCUUAAUAUUUGCAUGAUAAGCUAGUUUUAUUGGUUUAGUAUUCUUGUUGUUUACGCAUGGAAUCACUAUUCCUGGUUAUCUCACCAACGAAGGCUAGGAGGCGGCAUCAGAGGUGCUGGGGACAGAGCCAUGAGCCAGCCAUUUUAUAAGCACUCUGAUUUCUAAAAGUUAAAAAAUAUAUCAAAUCUCUCUGUAGCCUUUAGUUAUCAGUACAGAUUUAUAAAUUUUGGCCCUUAACCCAGCCUUUUUCCAGUGUGUAACCCAGUUUGAAAUCUUAAAAAAAUGAAAAAAAAAGAAAAAAAAGAAAGAAAAGAAAAAAAAGGAAAAAAAAAGGAAAAAAGAAAAAAAAACAGUUUGAACACAAAGGCUCUAUGGAAGAAAUGCCUCUAUGUAGGUGAAGUGUUAUCUCUGCAUGCAACAGUAAAAAUUAAUAUAAUAUUUUCCCCACAAAAGAAACACUUAACAGAGGCAAGUGCAAUUUAUAAAUUUAUAUCUAAAGGGGAAUCAUGAUUAUAAGUCCUUCAGCCCUUGGACUCUAAAUUGAGGGGAUUAAAAAGAAUUUAAAAUAAUUUUGAACAAAUUUAUUUUCCCCUCAGUUUUUGAGGGCAUUUAAAAAAGGCAUUAAAUCAAGACAAAUCAUGUGCUUGAGAAAAAAAAAAUUAAUGAAAACACAGCACUUAUGUUGGUUUAGCUGCAGCCUCCUUGGAGGUAGAAUUUAUUUAUUUAAAAUUACUGGUUGCAUCAAGAACCCAUAGGGUGUACAAAAGGUUCUAUAAAAUCUGCAUUAUAGAGACAAAGAGGCAGGCAAAUCCAUGUCACAAGGGUAAAGCUUACAGUUUACAAACUGGGAACGCCAGGGUGUAGGAUAUAAAAGUGCACUCUUGAGGAAACAGAUGUAAUCAGGGUGCUGAAAACUUGCAUGGUGCUUUCAGACAUUAGCCUUGUUCAACAAAUUUCUUGUAUUGACAGAUCUAUAGUGUGCAUGGGCAGACACAUUUUGCCUCUAUGUCUCUUUAAAUUUUAAUUAAAAAUACUCUUUCCAGUAAUCCUAAUUUGCACGAAGAUAUAAUGUCCACAUUACGUGCCUUGCCUUGAAAUCUAAAAUACAAAAAAAACAAAAAAAACACAAAAAAACAAAAGUGACAUCACUACACUUGUUUUGCUGCAUUUAUUAUCAUUUUAAAUCUUUACCAUUUUUAUGACAAAAUAUUUUGUACUCCAGACGAAGAAAAAUGUGUGACAUCAUGGAUUUUUUAGACAGUUAUACCUUUAUCUCACAUUUAUAAAGCAUAUCAUGGCUGUGUAUAGUUGCCGCUUAAAAAUUGUAAUCGACCAGCAAUAUUUUCAGUAUUUUGGUGUUUUUUCUAUUAACCUUUCAUGUUUUUCAUCUUCCAAUUAAUAUUUCGGGGGGAGGGGUUUCAAAUUUAUACGAAUUAUGCAAUACCAAGUUUUGCCUAUGUAGGUAGUGCUUUUAGCUGUAUUGGUUAUUAUAGGUAAGUACACAGAUUUUAAAAAAAUAAUGUAUGCUUUUUUUUUCUGUUUGUUCGUUUGUUUUAAUUGACCAAAGUGGGUACUGCUAUUUUUGCAGUGUGAUGAGGUCCUUUUGUGUACUGAGAGAUGGACAGGGGAUUUUUUUUUAAUAUACAUAUAUAUAUAUUCUGGGGUGGGUGGGAGGAUUUGUAACACUUUACAGUGUAGCUGUGAAGCAGUGCACCCUGAGAUGGGCCCGGGCUGCAAAGCGACUGUUCUGCCUACUGUGACAAACUUCAACUUCCACAGGUUUUCCCCUUCUCUAACUCCCUACCUGGGGUGCAAGCUGAACUCAUUUCUGGUUUUCACAACAACGUACAAGUAAGAACAAGCAAACACCACAUAUUCUCCUGGAGGCAGACUUGGCUUCAACAAACCAUCUUACCUGGUUUUGUUGGGGGUCAUUGUUCUUGAAAGUUUUAGAUCCACAGUGGAGAGUGAGCCAGUCUCAGAUUUGGCUAUAUGGUGGUUGAAAUGUCCACGUAGUGGCUGUUUCCCACUUUGGGGGUUUUCACACACACACACACACACACACACACACACACACACACACACACACGCAUAACAUUCUCCUGCUAUGGCCAUCAGCUGGAGGGAGUGCUCCUUUUCCUCCCCACAGCCCUACUCUUCCCAGUUAUACUUCUCAUACAUGAAUCUAUCAUUGACCCUGACUCACUACGUCAAAGAGAUGGCAGUGUGUUUGGAUUUCCUAUAGACCUAGAAGAAUGAACAGAGGGUUGCUAUUAUGAAAUGGAUUUGGAUUUAUAGAUUAAAAAUCAAAGUUCAAUUUUUAAGGGAAAAAAAGUAAAUCUGGUUAAGUUUUCAUUUGACCUGCCCUUGAGAACCAGAGCAGAAGUAUCAAAUUUUAAGAAAUUAAUUUUCCUGUGGAUGAAUUAAACUUCUUAGAUGCAGAGAGGAUUUUUUUUCAAGGAUUAGUACCUCAACUAUAUAUGACUUUACUUUCCCUGAGGGCUAGAAGGUGAAUGGAGGCUGGUUUUAUUUUGCCCCUCCCUGCCCAACCAACACCUCCCAGUCCCCUGGAGGGAAUGCUUUAGGAGAAGGCAAAUCUUUUGAAUAAGUGGUCCCUGGGGUGGGGGUGGGGAAACCUAUUUUGAGGAGACUCAUCCUGGCUCCCUUCCCCCCAGGCCCUGGCCUAAUAACGUGAACUCUCCAUUGUUCUCCUAGUAUCAUUUAAUAAGGAAUACUGUAGAACAAUGCUGAUGGGCCUGAGAAUUGUAUUUGAUUAACUCAUUCAGUUAGAUGGCCCGGAAUGCUGAAUAGCACAGCGGGAUCUUCCCAGCGCAAGUUCAAAAGUGAGUUCCAGCCAUUUCUGUCACACUUGCCCUGGUAGAACACAGAUCAUCUCAGCCAAGCUCUCCAUUUUAUCUCUGACCUACUAGGGGAACUCAUCAACCUCACAGGACACGCAGUAUUUCUGAAGGGCAGACUCACUCUCUAUCUCUCUCACUCUCUCUCUCUUUUUUUUUUUUUGCCAGAGAAUGAGCAGUUCUAGCUAAAUAAGUUACACACUGUGGGUAUUCCUGCCUGCCUCUUGAAUACAAAGGCCUAGUUCAAGUGUUGCUUCCCCUCCCCCCCAUCAUUUUUUUUCUCCUUUCCUUUUUUUGAGAUAAAACUAUUAAAAAAUACUACUAUAUAUAUAUUAUAUAUAAAAAUCUCAAACCCAUUUUUUGGCCUCCUCCUCUUUUACCGGGAAGUAUAUUCUGACUAAGGGCCCCACUUUUGCAAGUCUUGCACGCCCCUUCCUUACCCAGAACUGCAGAGCUUCAGGAUGGCGAUCUUCACCCCAGGGCCCCGGUUUGGGUGGUGGGUCCAGUCACACCCCUGGAUGGGGGCACUGCUUUGCUUUGCAGUCCACUAUUCACAGUGCCUCUGAAGUGUUUCCUCUGGAGUGACAUGAGCAUUUGAGGCUUGUCUAAGGAAAAAAAGUAAUUACAAGGCAGUGAAGGAGACUGUACAUAAAGACAUGGCAAAAAUCUUAAUUAUAGCAAUAUAGUUAUGGGGUAAUGUUCAGGUGGGCAGCUCCAUUUAAAAAAUAUGUGAAUGAAUCUGUGAAGCUGCAAGUAGCAAGAAGAGCGAAAGGUCUUCUUAAUGAACCGCCUACCUUGUAGACAGUAAUUUGUACACUGUAUAGUUUUGUUAAGAAUUUUUUUUAAAUUAAAAUGCCCAUGUUUGUAAAGCUAACUUUUUAACAAUUAUAAUGGAACUAUAUGUUGUUUCCAUUUUUAAAGUAAACAAGAAUAUUCCUUGUUUAGAGCCUGGACUUGAGUUAAAACUCUCCAGUCUCUUAAGUUAUGUAUUAAAAAAGAAUCUGUCCAUGUUAGGAGUUAUUUCACAGAUUCCUAUGCUUGAAAAGCAGAGGAGACUAAUCCUUUAAAAAAGUGUAAAUGGAGAAAAGUUAUAUUUUAUGAAGGUUAUUUUGUUGUAUUUAGUAUUGGAAAAGUUGGUUUCAGAGCAUUUCAGAAUGUCGGAAGCACCACUGUCUUUUUAUUAGUAUAUACGGCCUUUAGCAAAAGUUUUUUAUGAUUGUUAUGUGACGGUAUUUAAGUUUCACAGAACAUUCAGGAUAGGCAGAAAACAAAAACAGUGCUAUGUCUCACAUAAGGUGUCCUCAGGGAGCAGAAUCUUGGAUUGGUGACUUGUAGCUUCAUAAGGACUCAACAAAGAGAUUGCACAGCGACAUCUUCAGCGGGAUAACACCAGGACAUGUUCUUAACCUAGAUUCAAAUCUUCGUACUGUGUGAAACGAUGAAGGCUGCAGAAAGUUAUCCCAUAUUCAGUGUACAGUAUUCAUUUUUAAUGAAACAACUCUACGAUAUUGCUGGCAGAUAGGCCCCGAGCAUGACAUUCAAUACAGUUUACAUGUUCCUGUCAAGGUCUUCUGUUAACAUGAACCAGCUGCAUGCUUCCUGGACUUUUUUUUUUUUUUAAGAAAUUGGGUUUCUAGAGAAAACUUUUAUUUUUGUUUUUAAUGUGCAGGCUAUUCAAGUUCAAUAGUAAAAAAAGCUAAAAUUGAAUGUUCUACUCCAUGCUGAAGGAGCUGAAAGCUGCCUUCGUCAUAUUUUGCACUUUCUGGUAGUUCCCCUGUUUUUCCUAAUUCCUUAAAAAUUGUGUGGGUGGGUGGAGCACUGCAGUUGGGGAGGGGGGGUAACAUGGACCACUGAUUUUGCCCUUGAACCCUGCACAAUGACCUUUGCAUCAGCCAAACUCAUUGCCAUGACAACUCUUGUACUGUGUCCAGUGCCACAGAUCUGUUGGUUACAUUGUUAAUAGUAAAGGGGACAAGUUGGAGACGGUCAAUUUUUACAUUUUUUGUUGCAAUUUUUUCUUCAAUGGUUGUAAGUAGUUUUUUUUUUAAAUAAUAAAAGGGUUCACUAGUUAAUACUCUUUAGAAAUAUCUGUGUGUUGCAAUUCAAAUGUAUGUUGAGAUUGUGAAAAGUGCUUCAGUGCCACUAGCCUACCAGUAUGCUAGCCUCAGCCUUUGAUAACCUUUAUUGCAUGAUACAGUACCAGUAACAAAAGGUGGCCUAAAUCCAUGAGAAGCGGUGUAAGCUAGUGAUACUAAAGCCAGUCUUGUAUUACUGUAUUUUUGACAGAAUGGUUUUGAAAACUGUGCUACAGGGACUGAUGUGGCAAAUAUAUCUCCUUAUGCAGAAGGAAGUCUUUUUUUUUUAAAGAAGUAUGGCUUAUUAUGCAUUCUUCAUCGAGGGCAUUGAAGUUGCAUGGACUGAUAAAAGUUGAUGCAAAAACGAGAAACAAACAAACAAACAAAAAAAAAAACCAGCAAAAUGUUUACCAAAAAACUCAAACAAAUGAGCAGUGCCUGUUCAAUUUCACAGUCUCUGUUGAGUUCAGUUGUAAAUAUGUUUCAAAUGACAUUUUCUUGGGAAAAAAAAUCUCUACAGCAUUGUAGAAGGUGAGGGGUAACUAUAUCCCAGGCAUAGGCUUCUCAAAACUGCAUUAGAUUAUGUCUUCAUCAAGCUGUUAAUUUGUGCUUAUAUCAUAUAGAACUUUUAGCAUCCUGGGAAGAGGUGCCCCCACCUCAAUGAUAUUUCUCUGAGAACAACUUUUGUAGGACUGUGUGUUUCUUUAGAUACAUUUAGUACAACUGUAGGUGACGAGUAGUCAGUUACUGCUUGCUAGCUACACACCAGGGUUGAUCCAUUUUAAAACUUUUGGCAUUUUGUCCUCGUGGGCCAUAAAUACGGAACCUUGUAUUUUAAUUAAAAAUUUUAAAGAGGAGGCACAUGCACAAUCUCCAUGUAACCAACCUUUAGCAGUAGGAUGUAUUAUAUGACAGUUACUUAAUUUCUGGUGUUCAGACCUCUGGGAUCAGCCCCAGUCUGGGCCAGAACGUUAGCAAAGGUUUUAUUGUGCCCGGUUGGAGGAUAACUGUUCUUUGGGUACUUUUUGCGGGUUGCAAAUGAACUCAAUUGCCACAAGUUUUAAACUGGUGUAAAUCAAGCUUGACUUAAUGUGAUUGUUACUGUUAUAUCCAGCCUAUACUGCUAGCAGCUGCUCAUACUGCAGUCAAUUACUGGAAGCGGAUAUAUUUCCUAUGCAAAAACUGUUUAAACAAUAAAAUGAGCUAUGCUACA